AUGCACGUGUCGAAGGCAGAUGCCCCGCCAAAAGAGGCGCAUUGGAGUCCGGUCAGAGGCUCCGCCCACCAAAGCCUCCGGAACACAGAACAGUGGACAGCUCACUCCGGAACCCACAACCCACAAUCACUGACUGAAGCAGAGGAGAGACUAGCCUUCUCAAACUUUGCGCUGUCUGACGUAUCGGCACCCUUUUCAAGGCUUCCUGUUUCUAAGUCUGUGCCUACCCCGCCACAGCCCAGGAAUCGACGGGGUUCAAGUGGUCGUCGCCCCAGUGACGAUGGUCUUAGACCAAAUCAGCACUCGAUAAUUCCAGGCUCCGCGCCACGUCGUCGUGACUCUAUCCUUGGGUCAUCAGACGACAGCGCAAAUGAUGACGACAGCCUUCGAUCUUUCAGCAACUUACAGUCAUCGGACUGUGACUCGAAUGGCGUUAACUUGCACCCUACCAAAAUCGUACGGCCAAUUGGGUCGUAUUGUAACUCGCCGUCCUCAUCCAUAACAUGUAACAAUCCUCAUCAAAUCGAGGCUCAAUUUCUUGAAGAAGACAAAAGCGCAGGAGUAGAGGCUACGCGAUGGGAGAGUAACGAGCCUAGCUCAUUCGGCCACUCCGGACCGUACUCGAAAGAGUCAUGGAAUUCUGUUCGAGGCUACACGUCAUCACUAGGCCUUCCAGCUCUACGGAAUCUUUCCGUCUCCCCGAAACUGAGCGUCGCGAAUAUCUCAGACGCUGGUGAUCAACAGCAGUUACGUCAAGAACGUAACCUUCGGCGUUCAGAGGACUCAUUCGACGAGGACCUAGAGCAGUCAUUGGCUUCUUUGCCACCUUUAGGCCCCAAGUAUGAGCUACAGAAGGAGAUCCUGGAUGCACGCCAGCAGACGCGAGACAACGAGGGCCAGAUCAAAAAGUUCGUUUCGAAAGCCAAACUGCGCGGUGUAAUAACGGUUGACGCCGUCACGAGAGAACUGACAAGAACUUCGGCCAACUGCCAUCCCCGACUGUCAACCGAGCAAAUCAAGUCUUAUGCAAAAACAGUUUGUGUAGCGACGGAAGAAGGACAGAAGGGGAAGACAAAGAUCAAGUCGUUCCGGAAGAUCUUUGCUCUUUUGGUGCUAGUGGAAGCUGUGCCCUCCAUUGUCGAUUUUAUAAGAGAAGAUGUUACUGAUCAAGAUCUACCCCUAUCCUUGGUGAAGCAUGAAAGCACCGAUGAGGUAUAUCGCAAAGGCGAAGAGAAUCACAUCCCUCUAAGCUGCUUUAACGACUGGUCACCGUUGAAACUUGAAAACUUCUUAAGCUAUCAGUGGUGGCUACUCGCGACAUAUUUCUCGCCACCCGAUGAUGACGGGGUAGUCAAGAACUACAAGCUUCAAGAUGAGCAUAUCCUCCCUUUUGUCACCCCAGGAAAUGCCUUAGGUCAUUACAAAACUGGUGGCUACGGAAAGGUUAUCAUGGUGCAAAUACCCUCAGAUCAGCACAACUUCAGUGACAAACGGCUUUGUGAACGUGGCUUUGCGAUUAAGCAACAGCUUCAUGACGAGAACCGCGAGGCCUACAAGAAAGAGAUAGACAUAUUGAUGAAAUUCAGUGGCGGGCGAAGCCAUCCGCAUAUAGUUUCUCUACUUGCGACGUAUGAGCAGUUCAACAAAUUCCACUUGAUCUUCUACCGAGCAGAAGGCGAUCUCUUUGACUAUUGGAGGGAGCUGAACCCCCAUCCGGAUCUCGACCAUGGCAAUGUCACUUGGUUUGCCAAGCAGUGUAGUGGGCUUGCUGAUGGCUUAUCGAAGCUCCACAAGCUGUUGUCUUUCACCAAACCUGAAGCAAAGAUUGAGGAAGAAAGAGUGAACGACAUGAACGACGCUGUCGAUGAAAUCUCUACUCAGUUCGAGAAAAGUGUGAGAUUUCAAAUCGCACCACUGGAAGAUCGUGUUGGUACAGACUCAUCGAUACUUUCAAACGGCGUCAAAGAGCGUCCGACCAGCCCGCUCAAAUACACCAGCGAGUUCAGCGAUCGCGGUCUGCCGCCGCACGGUCACCGAAUCCACGACCCUGGCAAUGUGGGGAAAAAAAUGUAUGGCCGCCAUGGGGACAUCAAUCCAAAUAACAUUCUUUGGUAUAACGAUGGCGAUGGUGAUGGUGAUGGCGGUGGCGACGGUCGUACUUUGCAGGGGACUCUCAAAAUUACCGACUUCGGACAAGCUGAGAUUCACUCAUUGCAAAGCAAGACCAAUCGCCGUGAAGUGUCUAACACUCUGACAUACCGACCUCCCGAAUGUGAUUUACAACCCUUGAUUAUUCGACAGUCUUACGAUAUUUGGUGUUUGGGUUGUGUAUACCUCGAGUUUGUAUCGUGGUUGUUAGGGGGAAAUGAGCUUGUGAUUAAAUUCGGAAGGUCACGGUCGAUCGCUGACUACUACCGUCGGUACACGACUAUCGAUACGUUCUACGAAGUGGAGAAAGACCCCGAGGCCCAUAGAAUACGGGCCAAGGUCAAUCCAAAGGUCACUGCUUUCAUCAAUGAGCUACAUCGACAUCCGAACUGCACGUAUUACGUGCAUGACCUACUGAAUUUGAUUCAGUUCGACAUGCUACUAGUGGACUCAAGCGAGCGAAAAUCUUGCAUAGACGUCUGGCGCUCACUACGUGAUAUGUACCUCAGAUGUCGUCGCAACGGAGACUAUGCGACGGUCGGCAGCCCUUGGUGUAACAUGAAGCCGGCUGCUUCGUCUGUUGAGCACUAUGUGACGUCCGACUUGGAGCAGGCUAUACAAGAGGAUCUGCCGAGUCCAAGGUCAGCAGCCCCAGCUGUUCAGCCUAUCGCAUCAGCAAGAAGACGGUCGAGCCGUAUACCCGUACCCCGACUUAGGUCUCCUUGUGUUUCAUAA